AUGUGGGAAAUUGAACGUAAAUCUGGGACGGAGAUAUCUAGAACGAUUGAAAUUGGACCGACUAGAUUAACCCAUCCGGAUGCAAUCUACUCAAGUAGGCUAUUAAGUGGAUUAAUAAAAUCCGCUAUGUUUGUAAUGUCAAUAAAAAGUCUGAAAAAUCAAACUGUUCCUUCUAUUACUUCUAAUAAUAAUACAUCAG